AUGAAUCUAAGGCUACCACCAGACCCUGCAAUGGUAGUAAAAAGCCCAAAAAUCUCAACCAGUUUGACCCUGGAAACCCAUAAUUUUGCUAACAAAGAAGAGGCUCGUGAAACCAUUUUCAAGGUGCUAAAGAAUUGGCAUGCCUCAGAUAUUAACUGCAAAAAGAUCUUCGAUGAACUGAAUGCGAUGGCACAAAAUUCUAGGGAUUGCUUGGUGUUGGUCGAUGGUCGACCUGUACUGCAAUUAACUGUUAAAGUUAUAUUGCUUUAUCGGUACGUUCUGAUGAAAAAUAAUAGCAAUUGUGUUAUCAUAUCAACUAAUUCUAGCGAAGGGAAUUGCUUGCUUUGCAAAAAUGAGCUCGUUGGUAAUUUGAAAGUUACAAGGAUGUCAUGUUCUCAUAUGUUUCAUAUCAAUUGCAUUAGAACGUGGCUUAUGGAAAAUAAUGGUUGCCCAUCUUGUUUUGCCAAUGUUGAUGGUCUAGCUGAUUCCAUGAUAUCCAGCAUGCAAUUUUAA